AUGCCCCCAGAGUUGAAAGCUGAAGUAAACAUCAUGCCCAAGGUUACCCAGGGGGAUCUGGAGAGCCUGCCUCCAGAAGCAAGGGAGUUCAUUGAAAGUAAUGCCAAGCUGUGCCAACCUGAGAACAUUCACAUCUGCGAUGGCUCAGAAGAAGAAAACAAAAAAAUUCUGGACAUCAUGGUAGAGCAAGGCAUGAUUAAGAAGCUGAGCAAGUAUGAGAACUGCUGGUUGGCUCUCACUGACCCAAGAGAUGUAGCAAGAAUUGAGAGCAAAACUGUCAUUAUCACUCAAGAACAGAGAGAUACCACUCCAAUCCCUAAAACUGGAACUAGCCAGCUGGGGCGCUGGAUGUCAGAAGAAGAUUUUGAGAAAGCCUUCAACACCAGAUUCCCAGGCUGCAUGCAAGGACGCACAAUGUAUGUCAUCCCCUUCAGCAUGGGGCCUAUUGGGUCUCCUUUGUCCAAGAUUGGGAUUGAGCUGACAGAUUCACCAUACGUGGUGGCCAGCAUGAGGAUCAUGACGCGGAUGGGAACAGCUGCUUUGAAAGCCCUGAGCAAUGGAGAGUUUGUAAAAUGCCUUCACUCGGUUGGAUGUCCUCUACCACUAAAAGAACCGUUAAUCAACAACUGGCCGUGCAACCCAGAGUUAACGCUGAUUGCUCAUCUCCCGGAUCGCAGAGAGAUCAUUUCAUUUGGCAGCGGUUACGGAGGAAACUCCUUACUGGGGAAAAAAUGCUUUGCUCUCAGAAUUGCCAGCAGAAUUGCCAAGGAAGAGGGCUGGUUAGCAGAGCACAUGCUGAUCCUGGGCAUUACAAAUCCAGAAGGUGAGAAGAAGUAUUUUGCUGCAGCAUUCCCUAGUGCCUGUGGAAAAACUAACUUGGCCAUGAUGAACCCAAGCCUGCCAGGAUGGAAGAUUGAGUGCGUGGGUGAUGAUAUCGCCUGGAUGAAAUUUGAUGAACAAGGCGACUUAAGGGCAAUCAAUCCAGAAAAUGGCUUUUUUGGAGUUGCCCCUGGAACCUCUGUCAAAACAAACCCCAAUGCUAUUAAAACCAUAUUCAAGAACACCAUCUUUACCAACGUAGCUGAAACCAGUGAUGGCGGUGUCUAUUGGGAAGGCAUUGACGAGCCAUUGCAACCAGGAGUAACCCUCACUUCGUGGAAGAACAAGGAUUGGACCCCAGAUAAGGGGGAACCUUGUGCUCAUCCCAACUCACGAUUCUGCACUCCAGCCAGCCAGUGCCCCAUCAUGGACCCUGCCUGGGAAUCACCCGAAGGUGUCCCCAUUGAAGGGAUAAUAUUUGGAGGCCGCAGACCUGCUGGUGUGCCUCUUGUAUAUGAGGCUUUUAACUGGCAGCACGGAGUAUUUAUAGGAGCAGCCAUGAGAUCUGAAGCAACAGCAGCUGCUGAGCACAAAGGCAAAAUCAUUAUGCACGAUCCAUUUGCCAUGAGACCUUUCUUUGGCUACAAUUUUGGCAAAUACUUAGCCCACUGGCUUAGCAUGGCACAUCGCCCAGCGGCAAGACUACCAAGGAUCUUUCAUGUUAACUGGUUCCGGAAAGACAGCCAAGGGAAAUUCCUGUGGCCUGGCUAUGGAGAAAAUUCCCGUGUGCUGGAGUGGAUGUUCAACAGAAUUCAAGGGAAGGCCUCUGCCAAGCCAACUGCUAUAGGUUACAUCCCUGCUGAUGCUGCUUUGAACCUGAAGGGUUUAGAAGACGUCAACUUGACUGAACUGUUUGAUAUCUCCAAAGAGUUCUGGGAAAAGGAGGUGGAAGAAAUCAAACAAUACUUUGAAGGGCAAGUUAAUGCUGACCUUCCCUACGAAAUAGAAAGAGAAAUGCUUGCCUUGGAGAUGAGGAUAAAACAGCUGUAG